AUGGCGACCCCAAUCUUGAGUCAAAAUGAAGGCCCGAAUGCCGUCAAAAUAACAGCAGAGCUGGACCCGAAAUUUUGGAGCCUCAAGAUCACCGGGACAAACGACAAGUUCCCUCCACAACCAAUCGAAAUCAAGAAGUACGAUGUCAAGUUUGAGGCACUUGCAGAUGGACAGCCAAGCGAGUAUAGUAAUCGGAGGCCCUGGAUCAUUAAUUUUGAGGUCAAUCAAUUCGGAAAUCACAAAACUUCCCAAAACCGGUCAAUUUCACUCCUUGCGCUUUACAUGUUUCACCAAUUUGCUUCAAAAUCGACUAUAGGAUUAAAAAUCCAAUGUUCUUUUCAACGAAAGGCAUUAUUAAUUACCAAUUAUACCGCGUCGGGCCCGGGGACAAAUGAGACAUCUCCAAAAAUCGAAAGAGUGGUGGUUAUAUUUGAAGUUCGUACGCCAAUAAAUUUGACUUUCCACGACAUUUUGGUGGAGCUUCUCCCAGUAAUCAAGGAGAUUGGAUCACUGAAGGGAGUCAUAUUGUUGGUGGGACGACAGUCUCUUCGACGACGAGAAGUGGGAACUUUGCGAAUCGAUGAAGACUUGAAAAAGCUUAUUGAUGAAAGCCCUGAUGUACAUUUACCCCCAGUAGGUGUUUAUAUGCCCAGUGUAACUUGUAUGACGAUGGAAACUUUCGAAUCGACAAUUGGUUGGUAUGGAUAA